AUGGGUAUAGGAAAUAAAAGUGGGUAUAUAUUUAAUGGAAUAAAUAAGAAUAUUAUUAAAAGGGGGCAAAACGAAAAUAAUAGCUUAACUAAAAUAAAUGUAUUCGAUAUAAAUGAAGUUCAAAAUUAUAAGAAAGAGUUGGAAAGUGUUAAAGUAAAAAGAAAUAUAAGUGAAGCAUUACAUAUGGCAACAUAUGAAGAAAUGAAACGUGAUAAGAAUGUUUUUGUUUUAGGAGAAGAUGUAGGAUUAUAUGGGGGAUCAUAUAAUGUAACAAAAAAUUUAGCACAUUUAUUUGGAUUUGCAAGAGUAUUAGAUACACCAAUAUGUGAAAAUGCAUUUAUGGGUUUAGGUAUAGGAUCAUCAAUAAAUGGGUUAAGACCAAUAAUUGAAGGAAUGAAUUUAUCUUUUUUAAUUUUAGCUUUUAAUCAAAUAUCUAAUAAUGCAUGUAUGCUAAGAUAUAUGUGUGAUGGGCAAUUUAAUAUACCUAUAGUAAUUAGAGGACCAGGAGGAAUAGGUAAACAAUUAGGCCCUGAACAUUCACAAAGAAUUGAAUCAUAUAUUAUGAGCAUUCCUGGAAUUAAAAUUGUUGCAUGUUCAACACCAUUUAAUGCUAGAGGAUUAUUAAAGUCAGCAAUAAGAGAAAAUAAUCCUGUUUUAUUUUUAGAACAUGUAUUAUUAUAUAAUAAAGAAGAAGAAAUUCCAAUUUUACCAUAUACAUUACCUAUUGAUAAAGCAGAGAUUGUAAAAAAGGGGAGUGAUUUAACUAUAUUAUGUUAUGGAAUCACUAGACAUUUAGCAGUGGAAGCUUCAAAAGAGCUUAGUAGUAUUGGAAUCGAUGUAGAAAUUAUUGAUUUAAUUUCAUUAAAACCUUUUGAUUUGGAAACAAUUAAAUAUUCAUUACAGAAAACAAAAAAAUGUUUAAUUUUAGAUGAGUCUGCAGGUUUUGGGGGUAUAGGAGCUGAAUUAUAUUCUCAAAUUGUUGAAAAUUUUUCUUCAAUUUUAUCAAAAAAACCUGUAAGAUUAUGUACUAAAGAUGUCCCAAUUGCUUACUCUAGUAAAUUUGAAGAAGCUUGUAUAAUAAAGAAAGAGGAUAUAAUUUAUAUGGCUACCUACCUGAACUAG